AUGUCGAGUCGCAAGGAGAAAGCCGGGUCAUCUGGAGGUAGCUUACGAACGUCACGUCAACCCAGUCAAGUAGGCUGGACUCGCGAGCGCUGGGUCCGCGACUACGAGAGAGAUGGUGAAGGCAAAGUAGGACCUGAUCACGUUGAACGCUAUUGGUCAAGGCUGAGCUCGCUGGACACCCAGAACAAACUACACGGUGUCGCGGAAAUCGGGCGACAUGUCGGCCGACUUUGUGCUACUCGGCGUGUACAGGCUGGAAGAGGUAUUCCAUUGAGGCAGCUCAGCAUGACGCUCCCAAGCGCUGAGCAAACUCGACUUACCUGA